UACCAACUCACUGCAACUGUGAUGUUCCCACGGCCUCUAAUUAUGGCGAAGCCUGAUGAAGCGUCUAUGUGGUUCUAACCGUACUAUCAUUGGCAAUGCCAAUACUUCCAUGGAUUGGGACUUUCAACUGUGACUUUUCUCCGUGAUUGAAUCUAUCUCUGGAAACGCUUGUAAGGUUCACAACUGGGGGUUGUAUCCUUUCCCAGCUUACGGAGGUUUAGUAAACGUUUAACGUUCAUCUAUCUGUAGUGCAGUUGUUGGUAAGUAUUUCAGUGUCCGAGUCACGUUGGUAGCGUAGUGAAGCCAUCCAAUCAACGACUUAGGUGACUAUGACAUGGACGGCCAGGGUAUAUAUCCUGAUCUAAGGUGGUCUGAUCCCACCCGGACGGACGCUUUUGAUGACUGGUUGAGGAUUUCCGCAAACCCAGUGGAGAUAUAUGAAAUUUGCUACCCUGAGACGGUUUAUGUCCCGUAUCGGUCAUGUCAAGCGAAACUAGCAACAUCGAUAGAGGAGACGCUCCUCUUUCAUUCGGUUUCAAACGCAUGUUCGUUCUCCGCCGAUCGCCUCAAAUUCUGCACUUUAGCUGGAUGUAGAUUCUGUUUCAACAUACGCACACCGCAGAAACUCUCUUCCCCUUUGAUAAGGAUUAAGCAUGGCCCGCUCGGUUCCGGGAUCUACCUAACCCCUUCUCUUGAAGGUCAUGUUUCGGGGCGCAAAGCCGAGCAGGACAUCAUUCUUGUCAGCAAGGUUCUCUUAGGAAAGUCUUUUAAGACUCAUCGCGCUAUGCCACAAUUGCGUGGACCGCCGCAAGGCUAUGACUCAAUCAUCGGUUUACCUGGAAGGGACCUCAAAUGCGAAGAGAUCGUCAUAUCUUCUUUGGAUUGUAUCAGGCCCGCUUUUAUCAUUGUACCUACAAGGAGUUCUAAGUCGAUCCUUCCCAAAGAGAAAAUCGACAACGGCUGUGACGCAGUCGGAAUCCCUCAAACUAGAAGCUCACGCUUGACAGAUCCUGUUAUGCGUACAUCACUGCACGCUCAUCCUCAAGUACUGGAUUCUUCUCCCUCCGCGUUGGAUGUCUCACCCGAUGCCACAAUCCCAACUUCAAUCCCUCGUGACACGCCCUGGAAGACAGAAGGGAGUCGAUCUCAGAUUCUCACCAGGAUUGUUAACCUCGUUCGCUUGAGCAACGAAAUACCACGAUCUGAGCGAGAGAAGCGCGUUCGCAUCUUGCAGACCGUAUUCUAUCCUGAGAUUUCAGACCACUCUCUGCACUGGACGCCAAGUGAUCUAGGAAGUCCGGAACUUCUUGACGUGAUGCAAGACAUAUUAGAUGACAUGGACCUCUGGCCUUCAAGUAACCAGGCAAAUCCCAUUCACUCGCAAGUUCGGAGCGAGCUUGCACGCAGGAUAUAUGAUCUCACUCUGCAGUGCAACUUAAUACCGGCUUCGCUUCACCUCACUGGUGUUAUUUGUUCGUCGACGGACUGUGUUGCAGUUGGAAGCUUUGGAGACAUUUACAGAGGUGUCUACGAUUCUCAAAAAGUUGCCCUCAAACGCCUCCGGGUAUUCUCCAGCUCAGAUGAGUCAAGAAAAGAUGAGCUGAAGGCAGCUUUCAUGCAUGAAGCAUUGUUGUGGCGAAACCUGUGUCAUCCUUACAUUCUGCCAUUUCUCGGGAUCGACGAUCAUACUUUCAAGCCGAGUCUGUGUAUGAUUCUACCAUGGAUGCGGUACGGAAAUAUCCGCCAUAUGAUUGAUACGCUGAAAGAAACGAAGAGCGUCACUAUCCAUACCUUGGAACUGCAACUACAUAGAUGGCUAUUGGAAAUUGGUCAAGGAUUAGCCUAUUUGCACCAAGAGAAUAUCAUUCAUGCAGAUUUACGCGGUCCCAAUAUACUCGUGGAUUCCGACUGGGGUGUUCGUCUGGCCGACUUUGGCAUGGCAGAAAUCAAGGGAGCAGACUCGACGUUCAACCAGCAAGGUUGUAGCGCCGUCCGCUGGACAGCUCCUGAGCUGAUCGACACAGAUGAUGAUCCUCAACCAAGCUUCGCAAGUGAUAUGUAUUCUUUCGCUUGUGUUAUGAUCGAAGUAUGUCUGGAACGCCCGCCAGAAGACCAGAUGUUCACACUUCAUUUUCGGUAGUUAUUCACUGGAAAAGUACCUUUCGAUGGAUUUUCAGAUAUGCAAGUGCUCAUCCGCGUGCCACGAGAUCAAGUCCGACCCUCUCGACCUCUGGAAACCGAUGAUAGCCCUGGGAUGUCUGAAGCGCUCUGGUUACUAGCAUGUUCGUGUUGGGCGCAUGAUCCUGCUAGAAGGCCGAGUGCGGAACAAAUUGUAGAGAGCAUGUUAAAGAUACGUUCUGACAACGCAUGAUAAAUGAUCAAGGAAACUGUAUUAUAGCUCCGUCUGGUAUUAUCCCAUCUUAUCGACCGCAAAGUUCUGGUAGUACUAAUCCAGACGGUCAACUACC